AUGCAUCUCGCAAGAAGGGAAGAAGAAGGAAUGCAAGAACAAACCGAGCAGGCCACGUACACGCAUGGCCACCACUCCUCCGUGCUGCGAUCGCACACGUGGCGUACGGCCCGCAACUCGGCGGCCUUUCUGCUGCCUCACGUCCGGCCCGACAUGGCCAUACUCGACGUUGGCUGUGGCCCGGGAACAAUCACCGUCGACCUGGCCAGCCACGUGCCGCACGGCCGCGUCGUUGGCUUGGAGCGCGCCGCCGCGGUCCUGGAACAGGCGCGCGCCCUGGCGGCAGACAGGGGAGUCGGCAAUGUCGAGUUUGAAGAGGGCGACGCCAACGCGCUGCGCUACCCCGACGACACGUUCGACAUUGUCUUCUGCCACCAGGUCCUGCAGCACGUCAAGGAUCCGGUCGGAGUGCUGCGGGAGAUGCGGCGCGUCACGAAGCCCGGCGGCCUGGUGGCGGCCCGCGAGUCCGACUACGGCGCCUUCUCGUGGUACCCCGAGGUGGCGGGGAUGGAGGAGUGGCAGGCGCUGUACAGGAAGCUGGCUGCUCGGAAUGGCGGGCAGCCGGACGCGGGCAGGAUGGUGCACGCGUGGGCGAAGCGGGCGGGCUUUGCUGCCGACUGCGUCACGUCCUCGGUGAGCUCGUGGUGCUACAGCACGAGCGAGCAGGUAUCGUGGUGGAGUGGGCUGUGGGCAGAGCGGACGGUGGCCUCGUCGUUUGCCGACUCCGCCGUCGAGUCUGGCUUGGCUACCAGAGAGCAGCUUGCGCAGGUUGCCGACACGUGGCGGCGCUGGGGGCGCGAAGACGACGCGUGGUUCUCGGUGCCGAGCGGUGAAAUUCUGUGUUCUGUACACAAAGCAGGGUAG